AAACAUGCUAGCUCUGGUCCAGGGCGUUAUGUGUGGCUUGAGCCUCGACCUCAAUGCCCUGCAUAUUUCGAUUAAUAUAAUUGAUAUCAAAUCAAACGAUUUAUCAUUAGCGAAUUAAUUUAAUUUGCUUGUGAUAGCUCCUGUUUAGCUGUAAUCAGCACAUUUUUGACCACCGUUUACUUGGCGAUACUUUCCUCAUUCUCGAUUCGGAAUGCACCGGUGUCUUAUAAACCUCUGUGGCCAGUUGCAGGUGGAACUCCAAAAACCAGAGAAUAUUCUGAAAAAUAUUUCAUCCACUUUUUGCACCACAUGAGGAGGUUCCUCGCCACCUUAGCUGCCGGAGAUCUGGCAUUUGCCAUCUGCACGAACUGGUCAUUUCUAACACCUCGAUCACACCGACAGUUUUUUUGCGUAAAAUGGUUCUCAGCCUCAUCUGGAUAUGUAUGCAAGAAAAGUUCAACACACCUUCUGCUAUCAUUUCUGUCAAGCCGUCUACACAUACGUUCAAUUUAUCCAACGUUUGCACCACACAGAACGCACUGCAACUACCGCUGCAAGGCAAACGCGGCGUUCCAUUGCAUUUUAAUAUACUUCUGAUGUACCAAAACGCAAAUUCUCUGUAGGUUUGAUCGAGGUGCGCCACGGUCACAUGCAGAAGAAGACUACAGCACAGUGCUACCGAAAACAAAACAAACAUUUACACAUGUACAAGAUGCCAUUUCUCACUCUGUACAAAACGUGGAUUUCAUAUCUUUCUGAAUAUUUCCUCAUUAUCGGAGUUCCACCUGUAACUGGACGUAGAGGUUUAUAAGACACCGGCCCCUUCCGAAUUAGAGAACAAAGAAAGUGUCGCCAAGUAAAGCCAACAGAGAACCAGAGAAAGGUCGCACCAGAGAAAGUAAGACGAGGGGAGGACCGUGGCUGUUGUGACAUGGCCAGGAGAAAUCAAGAGCUGGUGCCGUAUACUUUAAGAGCAACACCUUCUCCUGUGUUAUGCCCCGAUAACGACAGUGCCGACGAGGAGGCUGAGAUAAAUGUGAUGAUACCUGACACAGUUCUUCACGUAGAGACAGAAUCCUUCUUUGUGAACCGUCAACAGCUGGCUCUUCAGAGCCCCUAUUUCCGUGCACUUUUCUAUGGCGGUGGCAGAGAGAGUGGCAAGCGCCACGUUGAGAUCAAAGGUGUGGGUGUGGACCAGUUUCGUGUCCUGAUGGAAUACACCAAGACAUCCAAGCUGUCUCUCAGCAGAGAGAAUGUCCUGAGGAUCCUAGAGACAGCAGACUUCCUCCAGCUGGAGAGACCCAGGCUCCUAUGCUGCAAGUUCCUGGAGAGAGAGCUGCAUCUGAGCAACUGCUUGGGCAUGAUGGCCUACGCUUGGCAGCUGGGAUGCCGGGAGCUCUACACAGCAGCACGUGAGGUGGCUCUAACCCACUUACCUGCUAUCGCCACAGAGGAGGACUUCAUGUACCUGUCCAAGGAGAGUGUGGCAGACCUCCUUGCCAGUGAUAAACUGUUUGUACCCAGGGAGGAUCAAGCCUUGGAGAUGACCUUACGCUGGGCAACCUUUGACCCCAGUCGGGAGGAGGACUUCAUGGAGUUGGUGGAACUGGUGCAACCAGAGAGCCUGUCUCUGCCCUACAUCACUGAUCUGCUCACCAGGCUCAAAGGGUCCGACCCACGAGCCAAACUCAUCUGUAAACUGAAUGACAAUUUUCCUACUAGCUGGUCUAUGGGCAGGUCCGUACCUCGGACUCGGGCCAGAGAGACACUGUACAUACUCGGAGGGCCCCAUGACCAGGACAAACAGUCUCUCUACCAGUUUUACCCCCACAGUGGGAGAUGGCAGUCCCAUGCACCACUUCAGAGGAAGAAUCUCACCCAGUACUCUGUGGCAGCAGUAGAAGAAAACAUUGUAGUCACCGGAGGUAACUUCCGUGAUGAGAUCUUUUGGUACAGCGUGGACUGGGUGCGGAUGUUCCAGUGUGGGAAUGAGCGUUGGGUGGAUGGCCCUCCGCUGCAGAAGUCCAGGCACAGCCACUGCUCUGUGGGCCUGGGGCAGGAGCUGUAUGUCCUGGGGGGCAGCAUGGACGAGGGGCCUGUGGCCCACGUGGAGAAGCUGCUGCUGGGAGCACAGGGCUGGGAGGAGGUCAGCCCCAUGGUGCGGGCUGUGGAUAGGGCUGCCACAGUCACUCUGGGUGGGUGUAUCUAUGUCGCCUGUGGACUGGAUGAGAAUGGGGAGGUGUACAGUGGCAUUCAGAGGUACCUGGUGAAGGAGGACCAAUGGGACGUGGUCACCUACUCCCCUCUGCCCAGGUAUGACCUUCUUGCAACAGUGCUCAACGGAGCCCUCUAUCUCCUGGGAGGUCAGGCAUUGCGGCUAGAUGUGGAGACAGACGAAUGGACAGUUCUAGAAGAAGAAUGUCUGGACAGAAAGUUCUUUGGUGGCUGCACCACAGUCAAUGGGCAGAUCUACCUGCUGAGCGAGCGAAAGAUGAACAAAGCAUUCCCAAACAUGGUACUGAUGGAUCCUUACAUCGACACCUGCAUGGAAAUAGACAAUGCCAUACCCUGUCCUGUGCCUCUCCGUGGCUGUAUCACCAUGCGCAUAGUCACAUGACACUAGUGAGUUACCAGUAAACAUUUAGCAGUUCACAUCCUUCUCACCAACUCCCUCACCCCAAAAUAAGAGAUAUUGUAUUGAAAUGGUCAGACACUUAUCAGCUAUUGAUUUAGCUUUUGAAUGAAAAGGUACAAACACAUUUAUCAAUAGUUUGAUAAAAGUUAUUUAUUGAUUGUGUUGAACUGGCCACAGAGUGAACAAACUUAUGAGGUGUGUGCAUUCAGAACAAGACUAGUCGUGUUAUUGCCAUUUCUAUUGUUGCACUAGAAUAACUUUUAAUAAAAUAAACAUCCAGUAAUCA